UAUCAAUUCAAUCCUUCUCUUUCUAAAUUCUAGCCAUUGUUUUGCAGAACGAAUUCUCCCCAAAAUCUUGUUUUCUCUGAAGAAAAAAAAAGGACGUCCUUCUACUAUAAUUCGCUUUUGCCUUUAGCCUAAUUCGUAUUUUCUUGUCAUCAAUAGUGGAGAAGAAAAUUCUAGAAGUUGCAACAAUUAGUUUGGAUGAAAAUCUAGCUGGGUUCGUCUUCCUUUAGCUCCAUAUAAGAGGUGAAGAUCUUUUCCCCAUGGAUUCUUCGAACAUUGAUAGUACUUCUCAAAAUGCAACUGAAUCGUAUACUGCUUUUAUUCGCCAACAACAAAACCAAAGACAGGCAAAUAGGAGGAAUCAAAUUCAAAGUCCACGCGUUGAUCGUCGUAAAAGAAUAAAUAAUUCCACGUUGCAUCCUAAUUUUCAGGCUUCUACUUCAAAUAAAGCACGUACUAAUAUUGUUCAUUCUAAAGUACGAGGGAUUUCUAACCUAUUAAACAUACCUACUAAUGCAUAUGUAUUACCGACAUGGAACUAUUGUGAACAUUGUGGUGCGCGAAAAUUUUAUCGAGAAACUAAAGGGUUUUGUUGCUCUGAUGGAAAAGUUAAACUUUGUAUGCCUGAUUCACCAACUGAAUUGUAUAAUUUAUUUACUUCUAAAGAACCUGAAUGCAUGGAGUUUAAGAAAAUUUCACGUGGAUAUAAUAACCAUUUUGCAUUCACUUCAUUUGGUGUAAAGUGCGAUACAGACCUUUUUAGAGCAUAUAAAGGUAUUUACACAUUUAGAAUUCAGGGACAAGUAUAUCAUUAUGUAAAUCAACUUCUGCCGGAAAAUAAUCAGCCUUCUUAUAUGCAAUUAUAUUUUUAUGAUACGAAUAACGAAGUUGAAAAUCGUAUGAAAAUUUCAGAAAAUUUUGUUGAAUCUACUUUGAUCAUUUUGAUUGAAAUCUUGAAAGUAAAUCCGUAUAGUAGAUUCUUUAGGUCUUUAAGUAAUAGGACCAACUUGCACGACCAUCGAAUACAAAUAAGAUACGAUCCUGGACUUGAUCAAAGAGUCUUCAAUACUCCUUCAGCAUCUCAAGUAGCCGCUGUAUGGAUUGAGGAUGAUGAAAAUGCAAAUAUUCGUGUUCGUGAUAUUACUAUAUAUGGUCAUUCUGGUGAUUCACAUAAGGUUCACUAUUAUUAUGGUUAUUAUGAUCCUUUGCAAUACCCUUUGCUUUUCCCAUUUGGAGAACCUGGUUGGCAUGAAGGUAUUCAGAGAUACAAAAAAACAUAUUUUGAAACUCAGAAUUUACCCGAUUGCGUAGCUUUUCCUAGCACAGUAAAUUUUGCAACUGAAAUCAUUGCAAAUGAGGCUCAAGUAUUCAAUGGAAUGAGGAAACGAUCACAGGUUUCUUGCCGCGAGUACUAUUCUUACAAGUUACAAAUUAGGCCUUCUAGUAAGUCUGUGUUGCUUCAUACUGGUAGACUUUUUCAACAAUAUGUUGUAGAUAUGUAUGUUAAAAUUGAAACUGCCAGAUUAGACUAUUUUCGUAGCAAUCAGAAACAAAUUCGUGCUGAACUUUAUCAAGGUAUUGUGGAUAGUGUUCAAAAUGGUGAAACAAGAGGGUCAAAAAUUGGAAAGAAGAUUGUUCUACCACAAACUUUCACAUGUGGGCCUAGAGAUAUGCUUAAAAGAUAUUUAGAUGCAAUGGCUAUCGUCCAACGUUAUGGAAAAUCAGAUAUAUUUCUAACUAUAAUAUGUAAUUCAAAUUGGCCAGAAAUUAUGCAAGAACUCAAACACAAUGACGAAGUUCAAAAUCGACCAGAUUUAAUUGCAGGUAUAUUUAGAGCAAAAUUGGAAGAGUUAAAGAACGAUUUAUACAAAAAAAAUAUUUUUGGUUCAGUUGUUGCUCAUAUAUACAUGAUUGAAUUUCAAAAAAGAGGGCUCCCUCAUGCCCAUUUAUUGUUGAUUUUCAACUCUGCCCAUAAAAUUUGUUGUGCUGAACAAGUUGAUAUGAUAGUGUCAUGUGAAAUUCCCGAUAAGAAUAAAUACUUGCAUCUUCAUUCUGUAAUUGCAAAACACAAUAUGCAUGGCCCUUGUGGAAACCUUAAUCCAAAAAACGUAUGUAUGUUGGCAAGUAGUGGUUGUAAAAAUAAAUAUCCUAAGGAUUAUUGUAACAGUACUAUAUUUGGUGAUAAUUCAUAUCUCUUGUAUAGACAUCGUGAUAAUGAUCAUCAGCACAUAACUUAUAAUAGUAAAGAUGAUUUAUCUUUUAUUAUUGGAAAUGAGUAUACGAGAAGAACAAUGCCAACUGAAUUUUUUCGGAUGAAUGAAGUAAAUGAAUUUGCUCGAACGCUAUUGUAUCGAGAUUUUCCAACACAUUUUGUGUGGAAUGCAACUGGAAAAACUUGGACUCCCAGAAAACAACACAUUGUUAUAGGGCGAAUCGUGACAGUUAAUCCAUCCGAAGGAGAACGUUAUUUCCUUCGUGUUCUUCUGAAUCAUAUUAAAGGUCCAACAUCAUAUGACAGUUUUAAAACUUUAAAUGGAGUAACAAUCAAUACAUAUCGAGAAGCAGCACUUUUACAUGAUUUGUUAAAAGGAGACAAUCAUUGUGAAGAAUGUCUAUUUGAAGCCAUUAUUUACAAAAUGCCCAGUUCUUUAAGACGUCUUUUUGCUACACUUCUUACACUUUGCAACCCUAAUCAUCCAAAGUUAUUGUGGGAUAAAUAUAAAGCCUAUAUGAUUGAUGAUUAUGUACAUCGAAACAUAUGUGUUAGUGAUGCUGAAAUACAAGUUUUGGAAGACAUCAAUUCUAUAUUAGAAUCGUCAGGAAAAAAUGUAAAUGAUUAUGGAAUAGUUUCAUUCUUUGUAAAUAUAGAUGAGACUCAAAGAUUGGCAAGAAUGAUUGCAGAGGAAACAAUGAAUUUUAAUAUUCAACGAGACUUUAAUUGUGUAGAGAAAUUCAAUAAAGAACAACGAUUUGCAUAUGAUAAAGUUAUGGAAAAAGGGGAACGGGGAAGACUUUUUUUAUACAAAGCACUUCUAACUGCUGUAAGAGGUCAACAUUUCAUUGCUUUGGCAACAGCGUCUUCUGGAGUCGCUGCGUCUCUGUUAUCUGGAGGUCGCACAGCUCAUUCAAGAUUUAAAAUUCCUUUAGAAACAAUUGGUGAAGUGAAUUGUUCUGUUAGCAAGCAAUCAGCUUUAGGAAUAAUGUUGAAAAUGUCUAGGUUAAUAAUUUGGGAUGAAGCGCCUAUGGUAAAUCGUUGCGCUAUUGAAGCUGUAGAUAGAAUGCUUAGAGAUAUUACUGAUUGUAACUUACCUUUCGGUGGGAAAGUGAUAGUUUUUGGAGGAGAUUUUCGACAGGUUCUUCCAGUGGUACCGAGAGGGAAAAAAGAUGAUGUAAUGAAAGCUAGCUUGGUCUUUUCAGACCUAUGGCCUUCCUAUUUACGUUUACCAUUGGUUGAGAAUAUGAGGGCAAAAUCAGAUGCUAUGUUCUGCACUUACUUACUCAGAAUUGGAAAUGGAACAGAAGAAGAACAUACUUGUAAGUGUAUUAUGCUUCCGAAUAGUAUAAUUCUACCAUUUGAAGAUGAAAUCACAUCUUUAAAACUUUUGAUACAUUAUGUUUUUCCAAAUAUACAGGCAUAUGUUGACAAUUUACAUAAUAUGAUAAAUAGAGUUAUUCUUACACCUACGAAUGAAUGUGUUGAUUAUAUUAACAAGAUUUUACUCGAACAAAUUCCCGGUGAUUUUUCCACAUACUAUAGUUUUGAUGAAGCAAUUGACAAAUCGGAACAAAGCUUGCACAAAGAUUUCUUGAAUACUUUGACACCAAAUGGUAUUCCACCGCAUGAAUUGAAACUUAAGGUAAAUUGUCCUGUAAUGUUAUUACGGAAUAUUAAUCCUUCCGAAGGAUUACGCAAUGGAACACGCCUUACUUGUCGAAAAUUUGAGAAAAACGUAAUUCUUGCUGAAAUUACAACUGAUGAGUAUUGUGGGAAAUAUGUUUUCUUACCAAGGAUUCCUUUUAUACCUCUUCAAAGUAAUCGAAACUCAAUUCAAUUUAAGAGAACUCAAUUUCCAAUUAGAUCGUGUUUUGCAAUGACAAUAAAUAAAGCACAAGGUCAAACACUUGAUUUUGUCGGUCUAUAUCUUCCAGAACCAGUUUUCUGCCAUGGUCAGCUAUAUGUAGCAUUAUCAAGAGCAACAACGAGCACAUCUCUAAAAGUUUUAUUGAAACCAUCAAGCAUGGACAACUCACAUAAUACAUGGCCUAGCUCUUCUUCUUCUUCUCUUUUUCUUUUCGAGUUAGCAGAGGAAGGAUUAAAUGCUAAACAUGGUGUUACUUUGAGCACACCUACGUCUUUUAGCAAUCCCGUUGCUGGAGGUAAUAAUAGUAUGGACAUGGGGGUAGUUGUUCGCUCUAGCAAACCUUUCGCAAUGGUUGAUGAAAUUGCAAGAGGAUCUUCAGCAGCAGCAGAUAGCUUACAGCUUGGAAAUCAAAUUUUAUGGGGCAAGGUAUUUUCAUAA